UUGAAAGUUAAUGAUCUUGCUCUGCAGUUUACUUGAAAACAUGACAGCACUUCUUUCUCCGAGCCAUACUGCAAGAUAUGAAAGUUCAAAUAAUGUAUAAGCCAAUGUGUAAUGUCUUUAAUUCUUGAGGUUAUACUUUCAGUACAAAUUGCCAUUUGUCCUUAUGAGAAUUAUUAAAACCUAUCAGGUUUGACACUAAAUCUGUAUAUAUUGUUAAAUUACUAAGCAUCAUAUAAUCAUAUUCACGCGCAUACAUCAUUCUUUACAUUUUCAAUAUAGUGAUAUAUUUAAGAAGUUAAUCGUGCUAGGCACAGAUUUGCAACUAUUAUCUUUGAAAAGUUCUAAAGGUUCCCAGAGUAUUGCAGAUAUGGCAGCAAAACUUAUGCAUGCAGUUCAGUAUGAAAACUACGGUGAAGGGCCUUCUGGUUUGAAGCAUGUGGAUAUUCCAAUCGCCAGUCCUAAGAAAGAUGAGGUUUUGAUAAAAUUAGAAGCAGCUAGCCUAAAUCCAGCUGAUUGGAAAAUUCAGACAGGCACGCUGCGUCCUCUUGUUCCACGCAAAUUCCCUUUUAUACCUGCAUAUGAUGUGGCUGGAGAGAUUGUAGACGUUGGACAAGGAGUCAAAAAGUUCAAAAAGGGUGACAAAGUCGUGGCGUUACUCCACCUUUUGGAUGGAGGCGGACUGGCCGAGUUUGCUACAGCUAGUGAGAAAUUGACAGUUGCUAGGCCUCAAGAAGUUUCAGCAGCUGAAGGUGCAGGCUUACCUACUUGUGGUCUCACAGCUCACCAGGCUCUAACACAAGCUGGAGAGAUUGAGCUUGAUGGAACUGACCAGCUGAAGAGCAUACUCAUUACGGGUGCUUCUGGUGGUGUUGGCCAUUUUGCAGUCCAACUAGCAAAGCUGGCGAACACUCAUGUGACAGUGACUUGUGGAGCUCGUAACAUUGAAUUUGUCAAGAGAUUGGGGGCUGACGAAGUUCUUGACUACAGGACCCCAGAUGGGGAAGCUUUAAGGAGUCCAUCUGGUCAAAAGUAUGAUUUGGUGAUUCAUUGUGCACCUAUUGGCAUUCCAUGGUCAGUGUUUGAGCCAAAUUUGAAUCCACACAGUAAAGUAAUAGACAUUACUCCCAGUGGAAGUGCCUUUAUUACUUUUGUUCGACACACAGUAACUUUCUCCAAGAAGAAGCUGGUGCCUAUGAUCAUAAAUGCCAAGGGUGAGAACCUUGAUUAUCUUUUGAAGUUGGUGAAAGAAGGAAAGCUCAAGACAGUGAUCGACUCAAAGUAUUCUCUGAGCAAGGCUGAAGACGCCUGGGCUAAAAGUAUGGAUGGUCAUGCUACUGGGAAGAUCAUUAUAGAGGCUUGACAAGAUAAACAUAUCUCAGGAUUGAAAUCUUCAUGUACUUAUUUGAGUGUUGUCUUACGGACAAGCUCCUUCAUCUUUGCAAAAGAAUAAGGUGUGUGACUGUCU